UCUCUUAUCUAACGCCCCGGGGGCGCUCAUUAGCUUUUGCCUUAAUAAAUAACUUAUCAAUCCCAGAUUUUAUUUUUAAAUUAUUUUUAAUUUUUGUUAACUUUUUUUUUUUUUUUUAAAAGGGAUUGGGUAACUAAGUUAUUUUCUACCGUACGUAUCAAGUCAUAGAAAUCGGUAACCCCUCUCUAUAACAGACAAGCCGCCAAACAGCCAAGCAUAAGCCAGCCCAUCACAGCCAUUCCGCCAAAAAAACCCCAUUUCACCAUUUCCACCACAUUAGGGUUUUUCUAGGGUUUAUCAUCCUCCUUCAUUCAAUCCCCCAAUCCUCAAUUCUAUCUCAAUACCCAAAAUCAAAACCCUAAUUUCAUCAAAAAAAAUUCAAUUCAAUCAUGAUUCCCCCUCACAAUCACAUUCACUCAUCAGAGUCAAUCGCAGCUGCCGGACUCUCAUCGGAUAAACACAGUAUCCAAAGCCUACAAUCGAAAAUGAAGUGUGAUCCCGAAAGUUAUGAGGCUGAAUUACAGACAAAAUACAUGGAUUUUAAAUCAUCUCUUGAGAUUUUUGAGCAACAAGCUGCUCUUAGUUUCAAUUCUGUUAGUGGGGUUUCUCCUGAUCCUUCUGUUGCUAAAGAACUCGGUGAUUUGGCAUUGUUCUUGGCUCAUAUGACCCCUUUUUACCCUAAAUUUUUGUCAUUGUAUCCCAAACAGCUUGCUGAUCUUCUUCGUAGUACCGGUAAGUCGUUGCCGUCUUCGCUUCGUAGCCAGCUUACUCAGGGGCUCAUCCUUUUGGUGAAUCGUAAGAUUGUUUCUAUUGGUGAGACAUUGGAAUUGUUCAUGGAACUUCAGACUUUUGAUGAUAGGAAUUUGAGGAAAUUGGCAUAUUCACAUGUCAUUCGUUUCAUUCAGCGCAUGAAUAAAAAGCACAAGGAUGAAUCUAAGAAUAAGCCUCUUCAAAAUGUUCUUUUUAAAAUGUUAAAGCGUGAGGAGGAGGCAUUUGCAAAGAGGGCUCUUGUCACACUUUGUGAUCUUCACCGAAGGAAAGUUUGGUCUGAUGAAAGAACUGUAAAUGGAAUUUGCAUGGCGUGCUUUCAUCCUUCAUCACGGAUCAUGAUAGCUGCUCUAUCCUUCCUACUUGAUUAUGAAAAAAUCAAAGAUGAUGAUGACAGUGAUGCUUCAAGCAGUGAAGAUGAGGCCUGUACUCUACAACCCCAAGUAGUUCUGGGUAGAGAGGAUGUGUAUAAGGCUCACCAUAAAGGCACAACAGCAAGCAAAAAGAAAAAGCAGGCUAAGUUGCAACGUGUGAUGCGUAGCAUGAAAAAGAAGCAGCGGUUGAGUUUAGAGAAAACCAGUCCAAAUUACUAUUCACCACUUUUACAAUUGAAUGAUGCACAGGGGUUUGCAGAGAAGCUGUUUUCUCGCCUUCAAAGCUGCAAUGAGCGCUUUGAGAUAAAGAUGAUGAUGAUGAAGGUGAUUGCUCGAACAGUUGGUCUUCACCAGUUGAUUUUGCUGAGCUUCUAUCCCUACCUCCAAAAAUAUGUGCAGCCUCAUCAACGUGAUAUAACUAAUCUGCUUGCUGCUGCUGUUCAAGCCUGCCAUGAUAUGGUACCGCCUGACGCUGUUGAACCUCUAUUUAAACAGAUUGUAAAUCAGUUUGUGCACGAUCGUUCACGAACAGAGGCAAUAUCUGUUGGACUUAAUGUUGUCAGAGAGAUAUGUCUACGCAUGCCUCUGUUGAUGAAUGAGGAUUUGCUACAAGACCUUGUGAUGUAUAAGACAUCAAAAGAAAAGGCAAUUUCAAGUGCUGCUCGCUCUCUUGUCACUUUAUUUAGAGAGAUAUGCCCUUCACUACUAAUCAAAAAAGACCGUGGACGAUCUAAUAAUUCGAAGGCUAAACCAAAAGAAUAUGGAGAGGUGAAUGUUGCAAUGGGUGUCCCUGGUUCAGAACUGUUGCAGUCAGAUGAAGAAGAUGGUGAUGAAGAUAGUGACUUGAAUGAAAAUUGUCUUAGUGGAUCCGAAGAUGUUGAGAAAGAUGAUGCAGAUUCAUUGGACUACUCUGGCUGUGAAGAUGAUGCAAAAGAUGAGGAUUCAACUGAGUCUGAGGAAGAGGAUGAAGACAGGACUACUUUUGUUGAAGAGGGUAGUGAAGAUGAAGUUAGUGAUGCGGAUGACAUUGAAGAUGAAGAAGAAUCAUGUAGCUCUAGUGAACCUGAUGAUAGUGAUGUGGAGGGUGAUAAUAAGAAAGGAGCAAGGAAGAGGAAAUAUGCUGAUUUAGACCAACAACUGGAUACUGCUAACUCUAGUCUUCGAGCUCUGAAGAAAUUGACAGCAGCUAAGUUGGAACACCCAUCAGAAGCAGAUGAUCACAUUUAUUCCAAUGAAGACUUUAAACGAAUAAGAGAUUUACAGAUGAAAAAGCAGGCAAGAUCUACUUUGGCGCAACAUGGAAUUUUAAAGGGCACAAAUCCUAAGUCAGCAACUAUCAAGAUCCCAAGCGCAGAUCAAUUAUGCCUCAAGCCACUUGAUCCUUCCACACUUGAAGCAAACAUCCGAAGAAAGAUGACCAAGGAACAGAGAGUUGCAUUGAUGAAGGCAGGAAGAGAGGAUAGAGAAGGAUACACGUCUAAAGCUGCUGUCAAACAGAAGAAGAAGGGUGGUUUAAGCAACCGACAGAAGGAACAUAAGAAGUUUAUGCCUAUUGCUGCAAAAAGAGGCAAGAUUGCAAGAUCUAGAGAAGAUAAAAGGAUAAAGAAGAUGACGUCUGGCAAACAGUUCAGAGGGAAGAAGGCAUGGAAGUGAUAAUUUUGUUCACAUAAUUUCGCAGGUGCUUAUGUUGAAGUGUUGAACAGAUGUCUGCGUCUGCAAUUCCAUUUCAACUUGUUUUUAUUUUCUUAUUUUUGUAGGUGUAUCUCUGCUUUCCCUUUUCUCUCCAGCUCUUGAAAUGUCAUUUAUAAUGUCUUUUUUAACCGAAGCUCUUUUUUCAAUAUAAUUAUUUAAUACAAGUAUAUUUAUUGUUCAA